UGAAACCUUGCGAUUUUCCAGAAAUAAAAAACGGAGGUCUAUAUGGUGCAGAGAGACACAGACCUUACUUCCCAGUACCUAUAGGAAAGAAGUUCGAUUAUUAUUGCAACAGGGGAUUUGUGUCUCCAUCAGGGAUGCACUGGGACAACAUCCACUGCACUGCACAAGGAUGGAAGCCUGAAGUCCCAUGCCGCAGACAAUGUAGUUUCCCAUAUGUGGAGCAUGGGAAACUUUUAGAAUGGAAAGGAAGCUAUCUACAGGACCAGUCUUUAAAAGUCAAGUGUCACUCUGGCUACAGUCUUCCAAAUGGUCAGGACACAAUUAUGUGUACAGAGAAUGGUUGGUCUCCUCAACCCACAUGCAUCCGUGUCAAGACAUGUUUAAAGUCAGAUAUAGAAAUUGAGAAUGGGUUUCUUUCUGAAUAUGAUCGUAUAUAUUAUCUAAAUAGAAAAACACAAUAUAGGUGCAAAGAGGGAUAUGUAAAAGUCAAGGGAGAAUCAUCAGGAACAAUUACCUGCCUCCAAAAUGGAUGGUCAGCUCAGCCCUCAUGCAUCAAGUAUUGUGAUAGGCCUGUAUUUGAGAAUGCUGGAACUGAAAAUAACAGCACAUGGUUUAAACUCAAUGACAAACUAGAGUAUAAAUGCCAUGCUGGAUAUGAAAACAAAUAUAAACAUUCCAAAGGCUCCACUACAUGUAGUUUUGAUGGCUGGUCAGAUAUUCCUACAUGUUAUG